AUACUUUGUAAACUGGAGAGGAUUUUUCCACCGGCUUUUUUCGAUGUGAUGGUCCAUUUGGCUGUUCACUUGCCACGUGAAGCCAUGCUUGCUGGCCCUGUGCAAUAUCGGUGGAUGUAUCCGAUCGAAAGGUUUCUUGGAACACUAAAGGGGUACGUUACCAAUCGAGCUAGGCCAGAAGGUUCAAUUGCAGAGGCUUACAUUGCUAAAGAGUGUCUUACUUUUUGUUCAUUGUAUCUUAAAGGAGUUGUUCGAGAAGAACGAAAUGUUGAUUGUGGUAUACUUGGUCCUGGAUUGUCGGUUUUCACACAAAGUGCUCGUCCCUUCGGACCAAUCACAAGAGCUCCAAAUGUGUCUCAGAAAGAUCUGGAUAUGGCUCAGUGGUUUGUGUUGUAUAAUAGCCCUGAAUUGGAGCCGUUUCUAGAGUAUGUAUUAAGUUUUUUAAGUUUGAAUCAGUUGUAUAGUUUUACUAACCAAUUGAUUGACACCUCUGGAUGUAGGGAACACAAGGCUACGAUCCAAAAUUCUAGAGGACAUGACAUUACUCAGAUACAACGAAAAGAAUUUUCAAAAUGGUUCAAACAACAUAUAAAUCAUUUGCGAACUAUCGGGUCACCAAGGGCAACUGAUGAAUUGUGGUCAUUAGCAAAUGGUCCAGAUAUAUUAGUUCAUCUCUAUGAAGGAUGCAUUUGUAAUGGCGUUCGGUUCCACACUAAAGAUCGCGACAACCGUCGUAAGAGUCAAAAUAGUGGUUUGGUUGUGGAAGGGGAUCACGAUGGAAAAACAAUUGACUUUUACGGUUACUUAUGCAAAGUCUGGGAGCUGAAAUAUUUGCAUGGGGUUAAGGUUGUUCUGUUCCAAUGUGAGUGGUUCAACACUGGCGGUAAAAAUAGAAUACAUAAAGAUACACAUAUCACAAGUAUUGAUGUUAGGGGUCGUUGGUAUCAAAACGAUCCAUUUGUGCUACCAGAGCAUGUGAAGCAAGUAUUUUACAUUGAUGAUACCAAAUUGGGUGCUCAUUGGAAAGUCGUAGAACGGGUCCAACACAGGAGUGUGUGGGAUGUACCGGAACAAGUCCAUGAUGAUAUGCUUAAUGAUGCAUUUCAACAAGUUGAAACCACUGUCGCUGUUCCAAUUCUCGUCGAGCCUACUACAAAUUAUCCUUAUUAUAGGGAUGAUAUUGGUCCCAAUAUCAUUCCCAGUGCUGACCUAAAUACGGAGUAUGAAGUUGACAAUGAUCAGACAAUGGAAGAGUAUGGCGAUGAUGAAGAAGAUAAUCUGCAUAAUCAGGCUGACUUAGAUAUAGACCCUGAUAUUGAUUAUGAUGUGUAGUAUAUGUUUUUGUUUCGUAAAUGAACAAAUAUCAAGAAAUAAUAUUGUUUGAAAGCAACAUAAUUACAUUCUAUCAUUUUGUAUAAAAGUUUAAUGUUACAACCUGGCAUAAUUUAUAUGUUCUAACAUGUAAUUUUUUUCAUAGUUAUCAAAUAUGCACAGUGGUAAAAAAUUAUGGGUCAAACCGGGGUCCACACGGAAAAUGGCAGAAAUAUAUGAGGCAAGAAGGAGGAAAACAAUAGAUGAGAAUAUAGAAAGAAUGAGAGCUUUGGGAAUACCACCACUUUCACAAACAAUUUCCAGGACGUUGCCAAUGCAUGAGAGGAAAAGUAAAGGCAGUAAAAAAAAGGUUUGUGAGGAUGAUGAUGAGUACCAACCGCCUAUGGAUGAUAAUUUGCUUAGCUCAUCGAGUGAAGAUGACAAUGAUGAUUUAGAAGAGGUAACACGUAUGGCUCCAGGACGCAGGUCCAAAAAUGUUACA